AUGGGAACGUAUCUGCAUCUGCUGCUCCUGCAGUACUAUUUCGCGUCGAGUUUCGUGUGCAACGCCGUCGCCUUCGUGGAGGAGCCGUCCGGAGGCAGGGCGGACGGGUACUGCGGGCGAAUCCUCCGGGCGCAGACCCAGGGGACCCGGAGGGAUGGGCACCACGAGUUCCGGCUCCGAGUGGAGGGAGACCCGGAGAGCUACCAGCCGGGCAGCACCUACAGAGUCGACCUCCUGGCCACCAGCCCCUCGUACUUCCGAGGCUUCACCCUGAUCGCGCUGAAGGAGGGCAGGGAGGGAACCACGGACGACGACUACACCGGCCAGUUCCAGAUCAUCGACGAGGACGACACCCAGUUCAUGACCAACUGUCCGCCGGCGGUGACGGAGAGCACGCCCCGCCGACGCACCAGGAUCCAGGUGUUAUGGACGGCGCCGCCCACCGGGUCGGGCUGCGUGAUACUGAAGGCCAGCAUUGUCCAGAAGAGAAUCAUCUAUUUCCAGGACGAAGGUUCGCUCACCAUCCGCCUGUGUGAAAAAGAGCUCGCGCUCGGCGGCGCCACGGAGGCUCCGGCCAUCGAGUGCUGCGCCUGUGGGACCGCCAAGUACCGGCUCACCUUCUACGGCAACUGGUCGGAGAAAGUGCAUCCCAAAGACUACCCGAGACGAGCGAACCACUGGUCGGCUCUGAUCGGAGCGUCUCACUCCAGGAAGUACGUUCUGUGGGAGUAUGGAGGCUACGCCAGCGAGGGGGUCCGACAGGUCGCCGAGUUCGGUUCUCCCAUCAAGAUGGAGGAGGAGAUCCGGCAGAAGGGAGACGAUGUGCUGACGGUGAUUAAAACCAAGGCUCAGUGGCCGGCGUGGCAGCCGCUCAACCUGCGAGCAGCUCCGUCCGCAGAGUUCUCGGUGGACCGGACCCGGCACCUCAUGUCCUUCCUCACCAUGCUGGGCCCGAGUCCGGACUGGAACGUGGGGCUGUCGGGGGAAGACCUGUGCACCAAGGACUGCGGCUGGGUCCAGAGGCUGGUGACGGACCUCAUCCCCUGGGACGCCGGCACCGACGGCGGGGUCACGUACGAAUCGCCCAACAAGCCCACCAACCCUCAGGAGAAGAUCCGGCCCCUGACCAGCCUGGACCACCCACAGAGCCCCUUCUACGACCCUGAGGGGGGCGCCAUCACUCCUGUAGCCAAGGUGGUGGUGGAGCGCAUCGCUAGAAAGGGAGAACAGUGCAACGUGGUGCCCGACACCAUCGACGACAUCGUGGCCGACAUCGGGCAGGAGGAGAAGGAGGAAGACGACACUCCGGAGACGUGCAUCUACUCGGGCUGGUCGCCGUGGUCGGCCUGCAGCAGCGCCACGUGUGAAAAAGGUCGCCGGAUGAGGCAGAGGAUGCUGAAGGCCCAGCUGGACCUCAGCGCCCCGUGUCCCCACACUCAGGACUUCCAGCCCUGCAUGGGCCCCGGAUGCAGCAUGGAGGAGCCGUCGACCUGCAUGAUGUCGGAGUGGAUCAGCUGGUCGGCCUGCAGCGUCUCCUGCGGGAUGGGGAUGAGGUCCAGGGAGCGCUACGUCAAGCAGUACCCGGAGGACGGGUCGCUGUGUCAGCUGCACACCGAGGAGACGGAGAAGUGUGUCGUCAACGACGAGUGCUCGCCCAGCAGCUGUGUGGUGACCGAGUGGGCCGAGUGGGAUCCCUGCAGCGUCACCUGUGGAGUCGGCAUGAAGCGACGCGAGCGAAUGGUGAAGAUGCCGCCGAUCGACGGAUCCAUGUGCAAAACCGAGGUGGCCGAGGUGGAGAAGUGCAUGAUGCCGGAAUGCCAUACGAUCCCCUGCAUGCUGUCGCCCUGGUCGGACUGGAGCGAAUGCAGCGUCACGUGUGGACGAGGCGUCCGAACACGUCAGAGGAUGCUGAAGUCGGAUCCUGCUGAAUGCACCGAGGAGCUGGAGCAGACGGAGAAGUGUAUGCUGCCUGAGUGUCCCGUCGACUGCAUGGUCUCCGAGUGGUCCGAGUGGUCCGAGUGCAACAAGUCCUGCGGUAAAGGACACACCAUUCGGACCCGGAUGGUGAAACUGGAGCCGCAGUUCGGAGGCAGCGCCUGUCCUGAAACCAUCCAGAGGAAGAAGUGCAAGAUCAGGAAGUGUCGGCCGAAGACGAAGGAGGAGCGAGGGGGAGGAAACAGGAGGAGACGAGGCAAACAGGGACGAGACUCAGCGGCGGAGGAGCAGCCAGGUUGCCGGAUGCAGCCGUGGAGCGGCUGGACGGACUGUACCAAGCCGUGCGGCGGGGGGAUCCAGGAGCGUUUCAUGAUGGUGAAGAAGAGGGCGAAGGGCAGCGGGACGGCGAGCUGUAAGGACCGCAAAGAGAUCCGGGCCUGCAACGUUCAUCCCUGCUAGGGGGCGCUAGUGAGCCACAGAGAGGCGAGGAGGUCUCAAACACAAGGAGGAGGACGGGGUUUGGUUUUCGGUGUACAGGGAGGUGAGGGGAGGAGGACGGGGUUGGCUAAGGAUAAGGACGAGGAGGAGGAGGAAGGAGAAGAUGCUGUUUAGUGAAGCCAUUGUAGACAUUUAGUUAACAGGGCUGACUUUUAUUUUAGACCACAAUGGAAGUGUUAGAGAGUCUGUGUCCUGCAAAAAAAACAACUUGUCAGUAACUUUCUGCAGCGUUUCAACAUGUGGAAUGAACUCCGGGUACUUUCUGGGAAUUUUCACCUAAAGUCUGCUUUAAUUUUCUGUUCACUGCUGGAUGCACUGAAACAAACACACCUCCUAUGAACCGUAUCGACGCUUCAACACGAGAUUCGACUUUCAAUGCAAAGCAUCAUAACUGGGUUUUCUAUUUUUAUUUUUUAUUUUUUAAAGGUUCGCACUUUCCUCCAGUUAUUUUUCUUAAACUUUCUUGCAGAGAGUUACACAAAAUAAUCGAUAGCACUCUGAGGUCAGCGCUGUACUUUACACAUCCCGGAGCGUGUGAGGGUUCGAGUGGUGCGAAUUUCAUCAUCAGAGGAAGAACGGCAGGUUUUCUAUCUGCGUAGCCUUCAGGGUGUUUUUUAUGCUGUGCAUGUGCUGGAGUGUAGAUGGAGGUCUGCAGCGCAUGUAGGGAUGGUGUCCGCCAAACAGGCCACAGAAUCUGGAAGUUUCGAGGCCGUGCAUGGAGCAGUAGCUGUCAGGAGUCGACAUCAGGGCCGGUCUGUGGUUGCUGGUAGGUGGACCUUCUAGACGGAGCUCAAACUGCAGCAGAGAAGAAAGAAGAAGAAGAAGCCUUUGUUUGUCAGGGGAAACGUCACCUCUUGUUUCAGUCAGCAGCUGGAUGGUCCAACCUUCAUGCGGAGGAACAUCGUGGCGGCCAGAGGAGGGUCGGCAGCUACCAUCAGGAGAAGGAACAACAGUUUCCAAAACCAGACAAGGUGCAUCAGAUCAGGAGCACCAGGUUCAUGCUCGACGUUGUCUUCAACAUCCACGCGGUCGAGCAGCAUGAAUUUGUCCUCCAGGGUCGGACUGUCGAGGCAGAGUUGUGCCUCUAAUGUCUUUAAGAAAGAACGUUAGCCGUGGCGCGAUAGCUUGUAGCUCCACUUUUGCACAAAUGCUUUUGGCCACGACAGCACAAUCCAUGUUUUCCACCGGCCCGACUUGCAAGAUUUGACUCGUGGCAACUUCUUCCUCCUCUUAAAAUGAAAGUUAAAGAGUUGCUGUUUCGGCACAGAGAUCGUGACGCUGCUGCUCGUACAUGUUGCACCUGCAUCUCAAAACUUCCUGAUCAACCCUCGUAGCUCUUUAGUCUGACUCCCUGAAUGUAGACUGAGGGUAUAAGCUAGCUACAUGCUGGAAAUGUCACGUUUUGCAGAGGAUUUGGAUCGUGUUCCACCAAAACCGAUGUGCUCGUCACUAUUUUGCGGAAACACCAUCGCCGGAUCCUUUGCUUAGCUCCGCCCGAGACAACUUAAGAAAUUGAUUUAAAGAAAUGCAACCAAGUGUUUAUUUCAUGAUGAGGAGCAGUCAGACUGUUCUACACAGUACCGAUCAUGCAAAAGUGUAGCUUUUUAGCUUAGCAGAAGACUGGAAAUGAGAAAAAAAACGUGGCCUGGCUCAGUUUAUCGUUAACAAAAUCCCCGAGAAGUUCACAGAUUUAUGUGAUGAAUAGUGCAGCAUUUUAUCGACUGUUUGUGUUUCAGAUCAGAACAGCUGCCUCCAACCUUGUUAGCAAUCUCUGUGCUAAGCUAAGCUAGCAGUCUGCUAGCUAACUAGCAGCAUUCCCAAGUUGUCACACUGCUCAUGUGGGAGGGUUUUCUGGUUUUUGGCACUUUGUUUAGUUUCACUUUAACACAAUCAUUUUUGUUUAACUAUCCGCAGCGUGAAACUUUCAUUUUGUGGUGAGAAUUCCCAGAAAGUCAGGAAGGUAUUAAUAAAAUCUACAGCGUAUUAUUUCAAGAUGCCAGCUGUUGUUUCAUUAUUUCAUCGAGACAAAAGCAUUUUUUCUGUUUUUUUGCGGGACACAGAUGCUAACACAGGACUUGUGUAAAGACUUCUGGAUGUACCGACAUCUACUAUCUAACCAACACGUAUAAACGACACUGCUAUGUAAUUACUAAAAAACAAAAACAACAAAAAAAAACACUUUCCCUAAUCAACAGACACAUUUAAAUGGAGAUGUUUUAUACUGUUCGGACUAGUCUUUAUAUUCUGCUGUUUAUCUGUCGUUUCAGCCGAUGUAGCAUCGAACCCUGCGCUAGCUCCCGCGCUGGCUCUUUAGCAUGUGCCAGGAGGAUUUCUUUUUUUGUUUGUUUGUUUGUUUUCGGUUGGGAUUCUAGGCUUUACCGGCUGUUCUUGUCGUCUUAAAUGACUGUAUCUGCCUUUGUUGGUUCCAGAAAAUGUCGAGUUCUGGCUGAAGUUAGCGAACAUAGCGGCUGCUGCAGCGUUAACCUGUAGACGAGCUCGACCGCAGUAGACUGUUAGCGGGGCCUCGCUCACCACACAUUCCCACCCAUUGUUUUUAUUUCUUAUUGCGCUUUUCAGUGCGUUGCCGUGACGACAGCAAUCUGUAAAAUCCUUUUUUUUUUUUUUUUAGCUGAUUAAGUUGCGGUUUUCUGUUAUUUUCAUCACCACCAAAGCUCUGUUUCCUGUAGAGAUGUUUUCUUUUUUUAAAAUUUGUUUUAAAGGCCUCUUUCUGUUAUUUCUUUGCCUCUGUGACUAUUUUGUAAGAAACCACCUUUACAAUAAAAGAACGUAAAUGUGAAA